AUGCUAUUGGAAGAUAGAGAGAAAACGUUGGAUCCAGUGCAUCUGCCGGUGAUCCAGGAUCACAUGGCAUGGGUGGAAAUAGAACACCAGAAAAAAGAGGACUUUGGUGUGAUUGCCAAAGAGAAAACGUGCGACUUUUCUGGUAUUUACAUGUUAGCGCGGGCGUGCAACAAGUCGGUGGCGGAGGCUGAUGCUCUGUUUCAAGAAAUUUUGGAGAUAGCAUAUGACAAAAAUGACCCAAAGUUUAUUGAUUGUGAGGAGUUGGUGCUACGUGAGAAGAAAGGAGCGAGACCUAGAGCUCCUUACUAUGAAGCGAAAGAUCCGAGAAAAAGAGAAGUGUUGCAGGUGACGAUAGACGCUUGGGAUGCGGUUGGCAUAAUCGAACCUACAGUUUGA